AAUUAAUUACAAAAAUCGUUUUUUUUCUUUCUCUUUUAACAUUCGAAUACAUCACUUUACCUUUGUUAGAUACAUUACAACUUUGUUAGUGUACAAUGUGUCUGAUGCAAAUUUUAUUGUUGAUAGAUAACUCAAUUAUUUCAAACUUAAAUCUGUAUGAAUCUGAUUUAUAGUUAUGUAUUUUGAAAUAAUUGGAUUAUAUAUCAGCAAUAACAUUUGUACCAGAUACAUUGUAUACAACCAAGAUUGCAAUGUAUCUAAUAAAGGUGAAGUGAUGUAUCCGAAUGUUAAAAGAGGUAAAAUGAAAAUAAAAAGGGAUUUUCGUAAUUAAUUCAAAUACUGUAGUAAUUUUUUUUUAAAAUUAUGUUAUUUAAGUCGUUUAAUUACGUAUUAGGGACUUGGGCGUUGAUGGAGUUGGCGGUUAGUGAUCUGAGAGAGAGAAAUUGUAUUUUGAAGAAGAAGGAGAAGAAAGGGUAAUUCAAUAGAAUUUUGGUUCCAAUGUCGGUGGUAUCGCCAUUAGCAAAAUAUAAGCUGGUGUUUUUGGGAGAUCAAUCUGUGGGCAAAACCAGCAUAAUUACUCGCUUUAUGUACGAUAAAUUCGACACCACUUAUCAGGCUACCAUUGGUAUUGAUUUUUUAUCAAAGACAAUGUACCUUGAAGAUCGAACAGUUCGCCUGCAGCUCUGGGAUACUGCUGGUCAAGAAAGAUUUAGAAGUCUUAUUCCAAGCUAUAUUAGAGAUUCUUCUGUUGCUGUAAUUGUAUAUGAUGUUGCCAACCGCCAAUCAUUUCUGAACACUUCAAAAUGGAUCGAAGAAGUACGCACUGAACGAGGCAGUGAUGUCAUUAUUGUUCUUGUUGGAAACAAAACUGAUCUUGUUGAGAAAAGGCAAGUUUCCACAGAAGAGGGAGAUGCUAAAUCUCGUGAAUUUGGAGUAAUGUAUGUAGAAACCAGUGCUAAAGCUGGAUUCAAUAUCAAGCCUCUGUUCCGAAAGAUUGCUGCAGCCUUACCGGGAAUGGAAACACUUUCAUCCACAAAACAGGAAGAUAUGGUUGACGUUAAUUUGAAGCCUACAACAAAUACAUCCCAAUCAGAGCAGCAAGGUGGAGGUUGUGCAUGUUAGAUUUGUACUUGAAGAGGAGGAAGAGUAAGACAGAAGUUUGAAACACACAAAGACACAGUUGCAUCCAGUUAUUAGGGUGUUCACAAUUAGCAAAUUUCUUAGUUUAUGAGGUUUGCAACAUGGAUUUUUCUUCAUGAUGUGCAACAAUAUGUUAGACUUCAUCAAGGAGGUAGCUGAUUACAGGCUUCUACGAAACUUGUUGUGUUUAUAUGUGAUGGUUCCUAACUAGUUCAGAAACCAUUUAUACCGGAUCAAUCUCCUAGUUGAAUAUAUAAUGAGAUGCCAUACGUAUUUCACAUUCA